AUGGCUAGCAUUCGAGCGAAUAAGAGUUACGGAUCUCUCGUUGUUGGUGUGGGUGGGUUCGAGAAUCUCCCAUUUUUGAAAAAGGACUGUCGUAAUUAUAUUGACAAAUCAAGACAUCUACGACUUGGCGCAAGUGGUGCCAGAGCACUUCGACAGUAUUUUUUAAGGAUGCAAUACAAAAAUCCUGGGUUCUUUUAUAUGAUGGAUAUAGAUGAUGACGGAAGGUUAAAGAACGUCUUUUGGGCAGACCCCCGUAGUAGAGCAGCGUACCAAUAUUUUGGUGACGUGGUCACAUUUGACACCACAUACCUAACGAAUCGAUAUGGGAUGCCAUUUGCACCAUUUGUUGGUGUAAACCACCAUGGACAGUCAAUUUUGUUGGGAGCAGGGUUGAUUUCUAGCGAGGAUAUUGAGACGUUUGUGUGGUUAUUUGAGACAUGGUUGCAAUGCAUGGAUGGUAACACUCCGAAAUCUAUUAUCAUUGAUCAAGAUAGGGCGAUGAAAAAUGCAAUCAGGAUUGUCUUUCCAAAUACCCGGCACAGAUUUUGUCUUUGGCACAUACUGAAGAAAGUUCCGGAGAAGCUUGGCUCAUAUGGAUUGUUUUUGGGCUGGAAUGAGUACCACGCAGCGAAGCGAGAGCAUGAAUGCAUUUUUGACGGUUAUGUACAUUCUAGGACAAACUUAAAGGAGUUUGUAGACCAAUUUGAUAACGUGUUGAAAAAAAAAAUUGAGAAUGAAAAUCUCGCGAACUUCCAUUCAUUUAAUGUCACAAUCUCCUGCAUAUCUAGAUCUCUGAUUGAAAAGAGGUUCCAAGAGUUGUACACGAUUGCUAAGUUCAAGGAAGCUCAGCAACAAGUGAACGGUAUCAUUGAUUUGAAUCCAAAGUUACAUAAUUAUGUUGGUGCCGUAAAGACAUAUAUGGUUGACGAUGAAGUUUGUUUGGAAGAGUUUACUAAGUUGAUUAAAUACUUUGUGGAGUUUAGUGAGAUUGAUGCAGUUGCAAAGUGCUCAUGUGGAUUAUUUGAGAUGAGGGGAAUAUUGUGUCAGCACAUUUUGGCCGUAUUCAGGUGUAACGAUAUCAAAUAUUUGCCGAAGAUGAUUACCCAUACAGUGGGUUUGAGUAAGCAUACUGAGGAUGCGAUGACUAAAUUAGAGGCAAUGAUUGAGCUUUAUCGUGCCAAUGAAGAACCACCAUCGAUGACUCAAAUUGGUUCCAAUGUUGAUAGUACGGCAAAUGCCACUACGAUCGGUGGGACUGGGGAAGUACACAGCUCACGUGUGGUUAAAGGAAAAUGCAGACCUCCAUCUCUGAGGAGAGCAUCCAAGAUGAAGAUAGACAUGCGGAAAGCGAAAGUAAAGACAAAGAAAGCACCAGCAAAGGGGAAGCGUAAAGAGCGAGAAGGAGUACACACCCGAGUCACGGAAAGAGAAAAUACGCCUAUUGUGGAAGUAUGCAGGAAUUUAUUUGGCACUUCUAAGCUUGAUGUGUCUAACAUGCAGCCAAUGGCAGAGAGAGAAAGCACGGCUUCAGCUCUUUUUGAAACCCAACCACAAGAAAUAGUGCUGCAGAGUCAAAAAAGCGUAAGUGAUCCUGCCUCAUUUUCGAGUUUGUGA